GCCUGUGCAAGGAGCACGCUGGGAGUGCUUUGGUGUCCCAGCUGAGGACGAGAUUAGGAACCGGGAAAGCCACCCGCGCGCGCGUGUGGCAGCCAGGGGAAGACUAGCUGAAAGGCUCUCCCAGUUGCGAUCGCGUGGGACCCCCGUGGUAAGACCAGGGUUCUACGCCCUAGGUACCAGCAGGGCAAGUGCUCCGGGGGCCCCUCGGUGUCCUCUCGUGCCCAACCGCAACCCACGGAAUCCUCUCCAGUGUUCUGGAGAGACUCGCGCCGGGAAGGGGCUUUGCUAAUUGCAGGAAGUGAGCACGAGGAAGAAGUGGCAGAGAUCAAGAAGAGGAAAGGGGAGGAGGAGCAGCAGCAGCAGCAGGGCAGAGCGCAGACAGAGUCGCGCAUUGCCACAAGAGGUUGGGUCCCUGCGAUCCUGCUGUUCUCAGGGGUCCUAGAGACUGUCCACCCCUGCUCGAACACUCAUCUGUCCUCUCCUGGUCUUCAUGGCUUCUCCGGAUGACCCUCUGCGCUCAGAUCACAUGGCAAAGGAGCCAGUGGAAGACACGGACCCCAGCACUUUAUCCUUUGCCAUGUCAGACAAGUAUCCCAUUCAAGACACCGGCCUCCCUAAAGCUAAAGAGUGUGAUACAGUCAAUUCCAACUGUCCACCAAAUCCUGAUGACCAACCUCAGGGAGAAGAAAAUGACUUUCCAGACAGCACCAGAGAUCCCCUUUCAGGUGUCAGCAGAAACCAGCCCUGUAAGGAAGGGAAGGGCAGCUGCCCUUGCCCUUCCUGCUCCCCCCGGGCCCCCACCAUCAGCGACUUGCUCAACGAUCAGGACUUGCUAGAUACGAUCAGGAUAAAGCUGGAUCCAUGUCACCCAACCGUGAAGAACUGGAGGAAUUUUGCCAGCAAAUGGGGCAUGCCCUAUGAUGAACUAUGCUUCCUGGAACAGAGGCCCCAGAGCCCCACACUGGAGUUCUUAUUCCGAAACAGCCAGAGGACUGUGGGCCAACUGAUGGAGCUCUGCCGGCUGUACCACAGGGCUGAUGUGGAGAAGAUCCUGCGCAGGUGGGUGGAUGAGGAGUGGCCCCACCGGGGACACUCGGACAGCUCUAUGCACUUCUAGAAUCCCCUCUCCUCUGGCAUCUAGAAUCCCCUCUCCUCUGGCAUUGGCCCUACUGCUCAUUGGACCAGCAUGGCUCCUGAGGAGAACGUACCUGCUCCUAAGGUUUUCAGGAUAAGGUGUGGCAGUGGUCAUCCCCGAAGCUGGCAGCUUGUGGAAAGACACUUUGUUUUGAUGGCAGGUAUCCGUUUCCUUUUGCACAUUUGUUUUAAUUUAAUAUUUGAGCCUGGGAUUGGGGAAGAAUAUUUGGUAGGUCACAUAGGGCCAAAGCCUGUGGACAGAGUCAUGCCAACAUGGAAAGAAAAUGACACCCUCCUUAAAUACUGCCAAAGAUUGCAGCGGGAUCCCAAAAUAUCAAUGUCUUUGGACAUGUCCGCAUCAUCCCAUAGAGAAUCUCUGCAGUCCUGGCCAGAAGAGGGCAGGGAGAAGUCACCCCGGCCCGUUCACUGUCACUGUUUCUGUUGAAAAAGGCUCAGGAGAGCAAAAGGAUACUACUGUAUAAUGUGGCCCAGGUGUAUAGGCUCUUUUUUUUUUUAAAUCAAAUACUUUUGUAAUCUAUAGGCUAUCAAUACUGUCAUUGAAUUUAGCAUUUUUUAAAAAAGAAAUACAAAAUAUAUGGUUUGUAGGAGAA